GCGGAAGUGGGGCCGUGGGGACGUGUUCCGAGGAAGCCGGAGCGGGACCCGGCGGGCCCGGCAACAUGGAGCCGCUGUACCAGCAAACGCACAAGCAGGUCCACGAGAUCCAGUCUCACAUGGGACGCCUGGAGACGGCAGACAAGCAGUCUGUGCACCUAGUAGAAAACGAAAUCCAAGCAAGCAUAGACCAGAUAUUCAGCCAUCUAGAGCGUCUGGAGAUUUUGUCCAGCAAGGAGCCCCCUAACAAAAGACAGAAUGCCAAACUUCGUGUCGACCAGUUAAAGUAUGAUGUCCAGCACCUGCAGACUGCUCUCAGGAACUUCCAGCAGCGACGAUACACAAGGGAGCAGCAAGAGAGACAGCGAGAGGAGCUUCUGUCCCGCACCUUCACCACGAAUGACUCUGACACCACCAUACCAAUGGAUGAAUCACUGCAGUUUAACUCCUCCCUCCAGAAAAUUCACCACGGCAUGGAUGACCUCAUUGGAGGCGGGCACAGUAUUCUGGAGGGACUGAGGGCCCAGAGACUGACCUUGAAGGGGACGCAGAAGAAGAUCCUCGACAUCGCCAACAUGCUGGGCCUGUCCAACACGGUGAUGCGGCUCAUUGAGAAGCGGGCUUUCCAGGACAAGUACUUCAUGAUCGGUGGGAUGCUGCUCACCUGUGUGGUCAUGUUCCUCGCGGUGCAGUACCUGACCUGAGCCAGCCGGGCCCAGCGGCUGGACCGGGCUCCUGCUGCGGGAGAGCGUGUGUGAGUGUGUGCGCGAGAGAGGAGGGGGGCCCAGGGGCUGCCUGGCGAAGCGUUUGCCCGUCUUAACUGUGACGACCGCUCGGAAAUAAUUGUGAUUUGUAACCUGGCGGGGGAUUCAGACCUGCUCUCUUUUCUGUGACGUCUCGGAGGGGAAGCUCCUGCUACCCAGAUGCGCGGUGCUUAGGAAAUGAAUGGAGUACCUGUCCUCUCCCUCUCCCGCUCGCUGUCACUCUCACUGGGGGCAGGAAGCGACGGAAGGGUAAGGGAGGGAAAGGGGAGGAAGAGAAUGGCUUUGCUGGUUUUGUCCUCAGAGCAGCGGUGUGCCCGGGAGGCAAAGAGAGGAGGGGGAAGAGGCCUUCUUUUCCUGCAGCCGGUAUAGUGGUGGACUCACUUGCUCCUGCUCCUAGCCCUCCCGUCUCCAAAACAUGACCCUCGGAUGACUGACUGCUACCCCCAAAGCAGCCACCUAGAGGAAACAGGCAUUGGCGCUGUUGCUGACAGCGAGUAAGAUUUUCCACAUUACAGUUGUUGGGUGUUUCUCCUUUCUGAAGUGAGGGCGCUCUUACUCCCCGGGAGUGGUCAGUCUUGAGACUGGAGACCCUGGUCACCAUUUUUUUUUCCCCAGUAGUUAAUAGAAUGAUUGGUUUUUACGGUUCCGAGACCGCAGCCCCGGCUUUGGUGGGCUUUUGCCCCUUAGGUAGCAGCUGUGGGCAAAGGUUAGUGAUUUGUCCAUUACAGUUUCAUCUCUAGCUUUAGCAUCUCUAGUUAAUAAUUAAUUAAUUAAGGGCUCUCUUCCUUUCCUUGAAAUAUAUUAGCAACUGCCAGCCAAUCCCCCGUUCUGCCUAGCCAGUAUGGGCUGAUGCCACCCUAGAGACGUAUGUCCCUGGUGUGUAUGUCCUUGUGAGACUUUUCAGGGACCAGGACCUUUUUCCUUCUCUGACCAACCCUGGAUUAAGGCUGUACCAAUAUGUGGCGUAUUGUGGAGUUUAUUGUAAAGCCAGUCUGUUUAAAGAGACUAGUCACUGAGAGUACCAGAAAGACCUGGUUAGCAGGUUUUUUUCAUCUGUCACAGGCCCUACCAGCCCUAGGCUCAGUAAUCUAGUGGCAGGACAUAAAGUGACACUCAGAAUUCCCCAGAGGAACUGUAAACCUGGUCAGUAUUAAGCCCUCCUUUGAUUGUCUUGCCCUGCCGACUCCCAGUCUUGGUUUCCUGUCCUUUGAGCUGUCUCCGUUGUCUUUCCCUUUUAUCUGCGUGUGCUCUGCCAUCUCCCGUAUUUACCUCCCACCUGUCUCUGUAGCAGUGUUGGUCUUUUCGGGCACAUCUGUGACAUUGAUCCUUUUCGGGGAAAUGUUUCUUAAUUGUCACAGAUUUUUAACGUGCAUUUCCUGAGUGCUGAUUUCAUACUUUUGGUGGGAUCUCCAUUGUUCCUACUCAUCUGGGCUAAACAGGGGCCCCGUGGGUUUCCGAGGAAAGAAGAGGACUCUGUUUCCCCUUCACAGAAGGACUGAGGGCCCUGCAGGAGUGAAAACUGGCCUGGUGGGUGGACAGAGUGGUGGAAGCAUCAAAACCCGGCUCUGACUUUGGGAGGCCCAGUUUGAAAUAUCCCCCACACCCAGCACCCCUGCCACCCCAGGGACCCAGCUCAGGUCUUUCCUGUCCGUAAGAUGGGUUUUUAAACUGUGCAGUCUUGGCUGGGAGCCUGGGCACCCGAGGACCCCUCCAGCCAGCGCACUUUGGAAGAAGAUGUGCAAGGAGCAGAAGAGCCAUUUGGACUUGAACUCUGGGGAGGCAGAAACUCCCCCACCCUCUGCUCUCUGUUGGCUGAUGUGACAUCUGUUUGUAAUGUACACGAGUGUAUUUCCACACUUGCCUUUACAGUGAUUUUUGGCCUUGAUGAACCAGAAGUCAGACCUUCAUGCUGCACUGUCAGAGCCAUUUUCCCUACUUUGUAAUAAAAAUCAAGGAGGCAGUUUGUGGGUCUUUACCACCCAAGGCUAAGGAACAGCAGCCACAGUAUGUCUGGAGACCCUGGGGCGCCCCUCCUGUCACCGUGUGAUCGCCUUUCCUUCCCCUUGUUGGCCUUCAGUUGUCUUGGGCUGGUCUUAGGUGCUUCUGUGUCCACAGUCCUGUGUAUAGGGAAGGGUCCAGGCCGGGGAGGGAGCGCCCUCUAGAGGAGAUGGGGUGAAUUCUUAGGUGGAGCUGGUGCAAGAAUCUCCAGGCGCAGCCUGUGCCACCUUGUGCAGGAUUUUGGUGUGCCUGUUGUGUUUGAAGACAGGUGGAUUGACAGGGAGCCUGGGAAUAGCUUCCUUAUGUUUACUCCGGGUGUGACCACCUUAAGAAAAGUCAAACUCAAAGACCAAAGAAGGAGGAGGGUCUUGAUCUUUACAGAAGGCUUCACUGCUGGGUUUUUUCCCCUAAAUCCUUUUGCCUGAUGAAUUCAGAUGGGUUUGACGCACAAAUUUGGCUUUACACUCAUUGUUUUUGAAACACAUCAGUUGAAUAAAGUUGCGGCUUUUUUA